AUGAGACUAGAUAAGCCGCUGGGACUGCUUUGCAUCGGAUCUAACUCGGACCAGAUUAGAUUUACAUUCGCCCACACUCACCUUCCUCUCUCUAGUCAAUGUCAUCAUCUGCUAAGACACCCACGCUCGACUUCCACUAUCUUCCAAGUGGUAUGGCUCUAUUGCGCAGCCGCACUAGAAGAGAUAAGGAAAAGAAAAAGAAAAUUGAACGUCUUUAAGACAGUGUACUUCAAGAAGAUAGACCAAGGAUGGGCCGAUAAAGAGACAGAAACAGGUCUAUCAAUAUCCCAUGAUAUGAAGGCAUGGAGAUUAAGAUGGGCGGGGCAUGUAGCUCGUAGCAAUCCAUCAGGAAGCUUCUACGUAACAAUGAAUGCCUCAAUAAAAGGCAAAAGACCACGUGGAAGUCCAAAAAGCAGAUGGAUCGAUUGA